UUUAAUUAGCCCGGGUGUUAGGUGCAGUAAGCCGGAUUCCUCCACUAGAGUUCUCCCUCUGGCUCUCCGCUCUCUGGCGGUGUUUACCUCCAGCGCUGCUGUAUGUGGCCAGCUGGACACAAACCACCAUCCGCAGCCUUCAACCAGCCCCAAAACAUACUAAUGUAAGCUGCCUCGCCUUCAAUCCUUCGCGGAUUUCCCUGCAGUGCUGUGUGUUAGCGACACCGUAGCAAAAGUUGUGAUGAAUAAAGAAAUCAUGUCACGUGUGGUGAAGAAGAGGCAGGCGGACCCAAAGGUUGUCCAGUAUGUGUGGGCGGCCAUCGAGGUCGUCCGCAACCAGAAACAAAUUGCAAACAUGGACAGGAUCUCCAAGUACCUGAGCCGUGUGUUUGGCAUGCACCCUAAGGAGACGGCCAGACAGCUGAGCUUGGCCGUGAAGGACGGCCUGGUGGUGGAGACCCUGACGGUUGGCUGCAAAGGCUCAAAGGCCGGUAUCGAGCAGGAAGGAUACUGGCUGCCGGGGGAUGAGAUGGAGCCGAAAGCCGAGGGAAGCAAGGAGUGGGAGGCAGAGAGCCACGACUGGUACUGCUUCGAGUGUCACCUACCGGGAGACGUCCUCGCAUGUGACAACUGCUUCCGGGUUUACCACCUCAAGUGUCUGUCGGAGGACUACAAGCCCAGAGACGGAGGAUCCCACUGGCAGUGUGUCGUCUGCAGGGGCAGUAAAAAGAAGAACCUGAACAAGCAGGAAAUGAGUAAAUACCUGCGCUUCAUCGUCCAGCGAAUGAAGGAGAGGGCAGUGGACCUGAACAAAAAAGGCAAAGACACUAAACAUCCCAUGUACAAACGGCUGAUCCACACCGCGCUGGAAGUCUCAAACAUCCACGAGAAUCUGUCUGAAGGAAAGUAUAAAAGCUUCGAGGAGUUCAAAGCAGACGCUCAGCUGAUUGUUCACAACACUGCCAUCUUAUACGGAGUUCACAGCGACCAAGCGGAAAUCGCACGGCUGCUCUUCAGCGACACAUGCCACGAGUUGAAUGAGUUGUUGUUGUGUAAGAACUGUUUCUACCUGUCGAACGCCCGGCCAGACAACUGGUUCUGUUACCCCUGUAGCCCCAGCCACGACUUGGUGUGGGCCAAGAUGAAAGGAUUCGGCUACUGGCCGGCCAAAGUCCUUCAGAGGGAAGAAAACCAGGUGGACGUACGUUUCUUUGGCCACCAGCACCAGAGAGCGUGGAUCCCCUCGGACAACAUCCAGGACAUCAAGGUGAGCGUCCAGCAGCUGCAGGUGAAGCGCAGCAACGGCUGGAAGAAGGCAUGCGAGGAGCUGGAGGUCUACCAGCGCUUCCUGAGGGAAGGACGCUUCUGGAAAACAAAGAUGGAGGAAAGCAACAUGGCUACACAGCAGCAGCUGCAGCAGAGCCAGAACCAGAGUCAAAGCCAGAGUCAGAGUCAAAGCCAGAGUCAGAGCCAGAGCCAGAGCCAGAACCAGAGCCGGCAGCAGCAGCAGCAGGAGGGCAGCGGGAGGACGGACAGACUGGAGCGGACGGACGAAGCCGAGUCCAGCAUCUCCUCCACCAGCAACGAGCAGGUCCGACAUCUCAAAGGCAGCCUGGAGCCCAAGGCAAAGAAAAGCCGUCGAUCUCAAAUGGUCGAACCCAAAGAAGAAGCCAGUGACCCGGAGCCUGAGAUGGAAGCGGUCAGCUCCAGCCAGGAGAUCCCGGUGUCCUCGGCGCCGCUGCAGCCUGAAAAGCUGUCGGUGUCCACGCAGACCAAGAAAGCCAACGGAGGGUCGCCACGCACGCUGCACCGCGGCACACAGACCAACAGCGACGGCGCGUGCCAGAACAUGUGCCACGAGAAGUACACCAAGGUGUUCAACGAGGUCAAGGAGAUGAUGAAGGCCGACAACAAGAGGGAAACGGAGCGGGUCGUCAGGGAGGCUCUGGAGAAGCUUCGUGCAGAGAUGGAGGAGGAGAAGCGCCAGGCGGUCAGUAAGGCGGUGGCCGGAGCUCAGGCGGAGAUGGAGAGGAAGUGUAAGCAGGUGAAGGAGAAGUGUAAAGAGGAGCUGGUGGAGGAGGUGAAGAAGGUGGUGGCCCAACACAAACAGCUCAUCUCCCAGACCAAGAAGAAGCAGUGGUGUUAUAACUGUGAGGAGGAGGCCAUGUAUCACUGCUGCUGGAACACCUCGUACUGCUCCAUCAAGUGUCAGCAGGAGCACUGGCACGCCGACCACAAACGAACCUGCCGCAGGAAGAGAUGAACAAGCCCCGCCCCUUUCACAGCACGCCAUUGGCUCUCCCCCUCUCCUCCUCCUGUCAGUCAGUGUCUUCAGCACACACACACACACAGAACCGCACACGCACACACACACACACACACACACACACACACACACACACCUCCCUCCUGCUUCUCUACUUGCCUUCCUGAAAACUUUGUGGACUCAACGUUUUCUGCGUGAAAAAGAGCAAUUUGUUCCCUUUUUUUGUUUUCAUUUUGUUUCUAUUAUUUAAUGUACCCAUUGUAUUGAUUUCUAUUGUUUAUUCUCUCCUCUGAAUCGUGAACAGAUUGCUCCAGAGCAUGGCUCGAAUGGUAUGAUUUUUUUUUUUUUUUUUGUUGUGUUGGGUUUCUUCUCAGAUUUUUUUUUUUCUUUACUGAAGUGCUAAUUUUGAGCUUGUGUCAGAGAAUGUGUUAUUUAAGUGUGUAGUAACAGAUGAGCGUUGACUGAAUACAUUUUAUUACCUGAAUUUUUAAGAAAAAAAAAUCACUUUUCUUACUGUAAAUGCAACAAAUACACAUCGUCGAACUUACAAGAAAAAUAAAAACAUACCGUAAGCACUAUCGCAGCAUCCAACUAGCUCCGCUUUCAUAGAGAAACCUAUUUAAAAAAAAAUUACAAAAAACUGUAUUGAUUUGUGGACGACAUGGCUCACCAACGUUAAUAUAUUUUUUAUUUCAUGAAACUAUUGCGGUGGAUAGCACCUUUUUUUAUCAUUUCUACCUAAAUUCUUAUUGUCCUCAAGUCACUUAUUGGGAACAGGGUCACGAGGUCGGCCUUAAGAGACGCCGACAAAAUAAAUCUUCCAUGUAUUAUUAUAAUUAUAAUAUUAUUAUGCACAUUUUGGGGCUCUUGACUGUAGUUUUUAUGAGUCAAAUAAAGUUUUUAAUUAGUUCUAAAUUGGGGAAAAUGUAGAGCAAUCUUUCCUGAGCUGGAUCUUAGAGAGGUUCCAUGAUUUGACGGUUUUUCCACUUUUUUGCACACUUGGUUUUCUUAACAACCCAAAUGCUUGUAAUAUUGCCAAAAAAAAAAAAACGUGAAAUUUUGUUGAACCUACCUGAGAAGAUCUAGUCCUCCUCCUGCGUCCUACGACUGAAAUAAUUCUGUAUAUUUUCUCGAGCGUCGUCAGUGUCAUUUUUUAUAGUGAUGUACACUCAAAAACCUCUUUUCUUUUCUUAACCUGAAGUGACUCUUUUCACUGCUUAUGCUGUAGUUGGUUGUCAGUGCCUGUUUCUCUCUUCUUUUUUUCUUUUAUUUUCUUUUCUCACCCUCUUACUCUCACCCAGUAAGGCGACAUGCAUGUUGAUAGUUUCAUACGUUGUCUUUUUUUCGUUCAUUACGGUAAAACAAAAAAAAAUCCCAGAAGCUCGCUGGUGUUUAAUAAGCAGUGAUGACGGAUGGACCAAUAUAAAACAUUAUGCAAAUGUGAAUGAUCAAAUUACUCUUUUCUAUAGUUUUUUUCCUGCGCUGGAUGUCGAGUGUCGAUGGUGUAUAAAUAUGGUGCUUGGAAAGACUUUUUUUUUGUAAAGGGGCAAUAAAAUUGCCAGUUUUCUGAGUUUUCCUUUGAAAAGUGUGACACUUUUAAAGUUUGUUUCCUCAGUUAUGAAGAUUGACUGAACGGAGGAAAAUAAUUAAGUUACUCUGUACAGACGCAGCGCUUCUUUUUACACACAGAUUGCUAUUUAAUCAAUUUGUGCUGCUGUUAACCUGACAAAUAAAAUACCGUAAGUUCUCACAUAGUGGGCAGGACCUUUUUCACCUAAAGAGGGAACCAGACUUUUAUAUAAACUAAUUUUAUCCUGUUUUAAAGCUUUUUGUUGUUGUUGUGAUCAGUUCAGGUGCAAAUUCCACACCAUGUUCUCAUUUUAUACAAUAUGUAAUACAAUGUAAGUGUUUUCUGUAGUUGAAAUACAAGAAAUCAAGUUACUCUUCUGUUAAACAGGAAAUAAUACGCGAGCACACAAACAAAAUGUUUUUCAAAGAUUUCAUACUUUUUUUUAAUCCUGAUAUCUUCCUGCAGCUGGUAGACCCAAUUCUGUACGACACACUAACUGAAUAAAUUUGAUAUUUUUUACUAGUAUUGGUUACUGUUGUGACUUUAUAAUGCACUUGCUAAUUUUUAAGACUUUAUAGUAUUUUUUUCUUUCCUGAGACGUUCAUGAAGCACCACCAGAGUAGCUCCUCCCACCGUCUGUGUCAAAUUAAGCUAUCGAUUAAUCUUUGCAACCAUUUUAUUUUAUUAGUUUGAUGUCAGAAAACUGUGGAAAGGUUUUUCAAGUCUUCUAGUUCUUAGUUUUGACUGUUCAGCACCAAAAGAUGUUCAGUUUGCAUCGAUAUAAAACAGAGAAAUGUCCUCACAUUUGAGAAUUUUUUUGCAUGUUUUUACUUGAAUUCAUCAGUUGAAAAAAAAAAAUGUUGGAAAUUAACUUUCACAAUCUUCCUGUUUUCCUUUUCUUUCAGUGUAAACUCACCAUAGACAGACUCAAAACAUGUGUGAAGUAAAGAAUAUAUAAACACUUCCUUUUAUAUUCAAGGCUUUUUUGUGGAAUUUGCACUUGAAGUGUUGAGUUUAAUAAAAGCCUGUGUUAUUAAAUUAUAUUUUGAUUACUGUCAACAAAUCCCAUUACGAAAGACCAAAACCAACAACAUCUUAGUUUAAAAAAAGUCUCCUAAAUUAGCUGGAACAGCUUUUGGGUUUUGGACAAUUUCCAGUGUCAGAUCAAUCCACACUUGGUGGGUUAAAUAUUCUAAAAUAUAGUUGAAUUAUUAUCUUAAUAAAAAAAUAUAUAUAAAUACAUAUAUGUAUCACAAUCUGGAAAUUCUGAUAAUUUAAUCAAAUGUAUGAAAUAAGCACAUGGUAAAGCCUAUUUUCAAGUUAAAUGCUUCACACGUUAAAAGGAUUGAUUGUUGUUUUUUGUUAUUUUAAUGGGAUAUGAUCAGGAAAUUUUAUACAAAUUCUAUGAAUAUUAUUGUUUUAAAAGGAGCCCACUAUUAGAGAAUUUACGGUAACUGUUGUUCCAGACUUUAAGCUUCUCACUCACUCGUCUUGGAAGUCUUAUUUUGUAAACUCAUUUAAGUGUAUCACUUUAAAGAUGUAACAUGUUAUUGUACAGUCUGACCUCUUCUCUUCUUCUCCAGCAGAUUAUGAUUUUAAUUUUGUUUUCUGGAAAGAGUUCUCACAGUUCUCCUCUGCAGGCUUUUCUUUUCCUUUUUUUUAUUUAAUCGUCAUCAUUGCACUACAUGUAAAUAAAUCUCUCCUCCUUUAUAUUAUAUGUGCGUUGUAAAUGGAUUCACAGAUAAUAAAAAUCAGUUGUUUCUUUUCUGUGUUGGCCCGCAGUGAUCUGGAUGACUGUCAGUUCUAGUUUUGUACAAUGUACAACCGUUAAUCAUAUCAGCUUCGUCACUUUCAGCACCUUUCUGUUUCUGGUUUGGUUAUUUUUUUAUUUCUUUUUCCAUUUUUUAAACACUGCAGCUUCAAUUUAUCUGAAUAUUUCAAAAUGUCAUGUUGAAAACCAAACCAGGGAACUGAUGCUGAAGGUGACAUGUUUCAUGUUACACACUGUCUUUCUUCCUUCACUGUUUUUAUAUUCGUCCAUCCAGCCGUUUUAAAAAUAAAAACUACAUAAAACAAACAAAAAAAAACAGUGUGAAAAGUUUUGGCGAACUUUUUGAUGUCAUUCCAGUUUGUAUCUGGUUUAUUUUAACUGCAUGAGUAAAGUUGUGUGUUUCUCCGGCUCCGUUUAGUUUUUUUCUGUAAAGCAAAAGACCGUUGCACUCCUCAGAGUAAAGCAAUAUGACAAUGAUGUUGGUUUUUAAUUUCUGGAACUUCAGUCAAGUUUUUGAAGCCGUUUUCAGCUUGAAAAAGUGAGUAAAUCGAUCAGAUUGUCGCCCACAUACCCACUUUCCAUUGUUUUUAUUCCACAGUGUGUGAAUACUUUAGUAUUUGUGUACUUUAUAACUGGAAUAAGAGCAGCGUAAAGUUUCCUUUGUCCUCACCUCCUGUUGGUCAUCUUCUGUUCUGUCCAUAUGUAAACUAUUAAUUGUGGCUUAACAUUUUCUAUGCUCCUGACAUUUUUCUUUUUUUGAUGCUUUAGCUAGCAAUAUGUAUAUAAAUAUAUUCUAUGUGCUAACAUGGAGGAAAUAAAUGUAUCAACAAAU